AAGAUGAAUCGUCUGAUAGCCAUGAAAACAUAGUGGGAAUAUGAAUGCAAUGAUGUGGAUGAUUUUACAAAUUAGAUAACACAGUUUAACGUGGCGACAUGAAACGUCUGUCGUGUUUUGUGUUUCAGUGAAAAUCUAAUGAACAAAGUGACGGUUAAUCAUACACCAUUGUUUAAUUGAAUUGAAACAAGAGACAAUGGCAUUCAGACCUCUGAGACAAGAAUACUUGCAGAUGCCAGUGGUGACAAGGGCAUACACCACUGCGUGUGUCCUCACCACCCUCGCUGUGCAACUGGAUCUGGUCUCACCUUUUCAAUUGUAUUUUAAUCCCAUUCUGAUUGUUCAUCAGUACCAGUUCUGGAGAUUAAUUACAACGUUUUUAUACUUCGGCACAGUUGGCUUCAACUUCUUUUUUAAUAUGAUAUUCACAUAUAGAUACUGCAGAAUGUUGGAAGAGGGUCCAUUUAGGGGGAAAACAGCGGAUUUUGUAAUGAUGUUCAUAUUUGGAGGUGUUUGUAUGAUAAUUUUUGCAUUUUUCGUUAAUCUGCUUUUCCUUGGACACGCAUUUACCCUGAUGCUAGUAUACGUGUGGUCGAGAAGGACACCCUUUGUCCGAAUGAAUUUCUUCGGACUAUUGAACUUCAACGCGCCGUUGCUACCCUGGGUACUUUUAGGCUUCUCCGUGCUACUCGGCAAUGUGCUCUGGGUCGACCUUAUUGGGAUGGCUGUUGGCCACAUGUACUAUUUCGCUGAGGAUGUCUUUCCAAACCAAAGAGGGGGGUUCAGGAUUCUAAAGACUCCACAAAUACUCAAAAAACUGUUCGACGAGCCGGCAGCAGAUCCCAAUUACGCACCCCUUCCAGAAGAUCGGCCAGGAGGCUUCAAUUGGGGGCAGGAUGUGGAUAUACAGUGAGAAAGGAAAUUCACUAGAAGUCUUUACGUGAUUCCUAGUGUUAUUGUCAACUUUCUGAAUGAAAAGUUUCACAUUAAGGAGAUAGAAAGUGUCGGGAGUUGAAUGAAUGCUGUCAUUUUUGGGCACUCGACUGUCUCAAAUGACCAAAAAUAAAACAAAAAUAUUUUGAUUGCACGAUAAAUAUCGCACAUCACAUAUAGAAAUAAUGGGAAAAAUCUUAUACCUAGGUGGUUUUUUUAUUCAUGUGCUUGUAAAUAAUAGAUAGAUAAAUUAUCUCUAGUAUUAUUAUUAUUAUUAUGAUUAUUGUCAUGAUGGUGAUCGUUGCUAUUUGAAUGUACGUGAGAGGAAAUAAAUACGAAAUAAUGAGAGAAAA